UCCCUCUUUCCCUCUGCACCGAACUUCCUCUAUCCCCCCUCCCUCGAUGUAUCCACCCUGUCUGGUCUGAGUGCAGUACAGAAGUGGUGGGGAUGAGUGCAGACAGGGGCAGAUGGUAUAGUACAGUUAGUUUGUGAGGAAUAGGGACGGAUGCUGAAUGUAGGAGUUCUCCGUCUGUCUGGACUGGAUUAGGCUGGGAGAAGAAGCAGCAACCCAGUCAUGGGAUGCUGUAGUGUGACUCAGCGAGGAGCACAUUCUGGGAUUGACGAGGUGGGCCCUGACGAGAUCGAGCUCCUGGAGAUUGACAACUCAGGGAUAUGGAAUCUAGGAGAGAGCCGGUUACAGCUGUCUGUGAGGAACGGACAAACUGAUCCACCCUCUCGAUACCCCUCAGUGAGACACCUUGAGCAAGAGAUGUUGCUAUGGGGGAGGAGCAAAGAAGAGCUGCAGCACAGAAUCUACAGCCAGCCAAUCCGUGCCUGGGAGGGCCAGCCUGCACACACGUAUGGAGAGAUAGUGUACUCCUCCCUCGUGUCUCUGUACAACAGCUACACACAGGAGACGAAUGAUCACUAUCUGGUACUGUUUUCCUCUCACUUAUUGAUCCUGUCUCUGGAUCACUCUCAUCGUGACUUUACCUAUGAGGGCAUCCUGCCUCUAUCUGGGCUGUCUUUCCAGGCCACCUCACUGGACUCCAAUGCGCAACACAUGUUCCAGAUCAGUGGUCCAAUGGUGGAUUCAAAGGUUUUCAUCUGUGCCAGCGCAAUGGAGUUGCACAAAUGGAUGCAUCACAUGGAGGAGAGGAGAUACAAAUCCACGAGCCAACCGCUAAGCCCUUCCCACUGUGCACUGUCUUACCUGUUACCCUGCGAUGAGAGUUGGAAGAAAGAGGAACUGAAAAGGUAUUUACUGCAAGCCCCAAUAUGGCAAUGGGAAGGGUCCCCCAUUCAGCACAUGGGCCAACCAAUAUUUCUAUCCAUGGUUCACAUCAUCAACACACAGAGACAGGGACUUCAUGAACGACUUCUUGUCCUCUUCCCUCAAGAUGUCCUGCUUCUCUCUGUGGAUAAUAAGCGGCUCAAUAUCAAAUAUGAGGGUAGAUUGCCUCGAAGAAGCAUCUCAGCCAUUGAGAAUUCAGCAUUUCCUGGGAGACUGGAGUUUGAGUUAACAGGUGAAUUCCUGGAGCCGCUGCAGGUAUCUUGUACCUGUCCUGAAGACUAUCAGAACUGGAUCUUACAGUUACAACAGCUGGAAUAUAACCUACAAGCUACCUCAAACCACAUGGCUCCACCCCCCAUGCCAAAAAAACAGCUGAACAGAAAAGAGUCCCAGAAACCAAUUAUAAUGGCUCUAGACUGAGAUCCACUUAUCAAUAGAAAAAACAUUGCAAUUUUUCAGAAAUAGACAUUGCAUUUUUUGAUAGCAUAUAUAUUAGUUUGGAACAAUUGAAUGAAAAUAUUUUGGUAUUUUCAUGUAAGCUACAGUCAGUAGUGUCAUUAAUGACAAUGCUACUAUAAAGAGGUAGUAUAUUUUUAGUGCACUGAUAUUACCAUAUUUUUAUCUAAACUCUAUGAUUCAAUAAACGUGGAAAAUGUAGUGCUCCUACUUACCAUUUUUCUGUUAUGAUUGUUAUUGAUAUUUUAUGUAAAAUAAAUCAAUAAAAACAUAUUUUUCAUCA